UGUCAAGUCUCAACUUUUUAUAUUAACACAAUGAUUGAUAUUGAUAUUCACAAAAUACCACCAAAAACUAUCGCCGAAUUUCGAAACACUACAGAAACUGAAAAUUUUCAAAUUCCGGAAAAGCCCGAAAAUCGCAAAUGUACCGAUAUCGGCUUUUUAAUAUUUCUAAUACAUGUAGUUGUAACCACGAUUAUUUUUGUGGCUUAUAAUAGUACUAUUGGAACGAAUUAUAACCGGUUUUUGAACGGUUAUGAUAAAUGUGGAGACACCUGUGGUAUCUCAAACCGCGCCGUUAAAACCGUUCAAUGUUCGGGAAAAGAUUUAACGAACAAGCCAUUCAUGACAUUUAAAUUCACCGAUCGGAAAAACGACUCAAAAACCAAAAUAGAAAUUUUACCAGACGUUUGCGACAACCGAUGCGAUCCUCCCAACCGACUGAUGUUUCAUCGGUGCAUCCCCGAUGCUGAUCAAGACAGGAAAGCCAACAUUAUUAUAAAUUUUGCCGAAUUUUGCAACGAUCUCAAACUUACUAUAAACACGAUUAUUAUCCCAAUGGCUAUUAUAGGAUUAGUAGUAUCCCUGUGUUUUUUCCUCGGAUUGCGUUACUCGUCAAGAAUUACAGUGUUUGGAGCAGUUGGCAUAACACUCAUCUCUCUUCUUUGUUUCACUUCAUACAUUUGGUACUGGUUUUCAGAAAAUCAAGACAAUACAAAGCUUCUCUACAUUGGAAUCGUAUCAUCAUGUGCGAUUUUUUUCCAAACAAUUUUCAUUUGUUACUUCUACAAUCGAUACUCUAUCAUUAUCAAAAUGUUUAAAGAAACAACACAAACAAUUUUUUCGAUGCCUUCUCUAGUUUUUGUACCUUUGGGAACUUUAGCUUUCCUCACUGUGGUAACCACAAGUAUCGUCUUUCUCGGUGCUUUAAUUAGCACCAAUCACUAUUUAAGGGAAAUCCCAGGCCACCCAUCUGCAUACGAAUACAGAGAUACAAAACUGGCAACAGCUGGGCUAGCAUGUAUUGUAAUUUUUGGAAUUUGGACAUUUGCCUUGGCCAAUGGGUGUCAAUGCAUGAUCGUUGCUGGUGCCAUUUCCACUUAUUAUUUCACAAGAGACAAAUCAACGUUGCAAAAACCAGUUUAUGCAAGUUUUUUCGUCUUGAUGCGAUACCAUCUUGGCACAGUUGCUUUCGGUUCGCUGUGUAUAACAUUUCUUUCAAUCGGACGAUUGUGUUUUGAGUUUAUUUCACAAUACAUUAAACAAGAUUGGUUGAAAAAAAGAAUGAAAGCGUUUGUGUCUCGUAUUGAGGCAACGGUGGAAUAUUUAUCCAAACGGGCGUACAUCCAAACAGCAAUGCAUGGAGAACCACUGUAUUCGAGUGGGAAACGAGCAGCGAGACUUCUUUGGGCUAAUCUAUUGGACACUAUUGUGCCUCAUGUAGUUGGCAAUUUUAUUGUUAUUAGUAUCACAAUUUCUGUGGUAUUAUUAGGAGCACUCUUUGCGAUAAUUGUGUACAAAACGACGGAUUUAAAAGUGAUCUAUUUCUGGACUAUAGUGGCAAUCGGGGCUGGCAUUUCCGGAACUAUAAUCUACUUUUUCGCACAAGUUUUAAAUGUGGCCGUCGAGACCAUAUUUAUAUGUUUUUGUGAAGACAAACUUUUACAUAGUGGAAAUAAUAAUGAGUUUUUUAUGAGCCAAGAGCUGAAGACGUUGAUAGACGAGGCUAAAAAAAUAGCAAAUUGAGAAUGAGAAAAUUUAUAAAGAUAUGUUUUACUUGUAGUUUAUAUA